AUGGAUGCCGGCGCAGAGAAGGAGGAGGCUCUUUGUCUGGCCUGUGCCAGGGGGCAGGCUGCUGCAGUGCAGUUUCUGCUGGAUGCGGAGACGGACAUCGAACAGGGCAACUCGAUCGGGGAGACCCCACUUUUUCUCGCACUCCUCCACGGCCACUGGGAGGUGACCUGCCUCCUGAUGGAUGCUGGUGGCAUCAAGGAGAAGGCGCUUUGGCUCGCGGCCGCGCGUGGGCAUGGCAACGUGGUGCGACUGCUGCUGGAUGCAGGUGUGGAUAUUGACAAGCCCAACUCAGAUGGCGAGGCUCCUCUUUUCCUCGCCCUUCUCCAUGACCAUUGGGAGGUUGCCUGCCUGCUCAUGGAUGCUGGGGCUGACAAGGAGAAGGUUCUGUCCUAUGUUGCCUCGCACAAUUUCUUCGAGCUGGCCUUCCUUUUGCGGAUGUGGACGAAGCCUGCAAGUGCCAGGGUGCCUCUGGAGGAUGCCGGUCUCACAGCGACUGGGCGCUGGCAGGCGGGAGGCGGCCCUUCAGGAGGGGAGCUUGCCGACGGCUUUACCGGCUACAUCUCUCAAGUGUUCGUUGACGCGUGUCAGCAGGGUGGCCUGCUCGCCUUUGCGGCGAGCACGAGAGACGGCCGCCACCUUGCUCUUCAGAGACCCGAUGGCUCGAGCACCAACACGGGCUGUGGUGAGCGGGCGCCUGAGGGUGUAGGGCUGAUGGCGGCGGCUUUCUUCGGAGCGCUGGUCGCCUUUGCCGUCUUCGCAGAUGAACGACCGCAGGCUCGUUUCGUUUGCCCUGGGCCACGGCGGCUGCGUAGCCCACGGCCCGUCCGGGCGCUGUCUGUAUCGGCGUCCGAGGUCAGCUUUUGGCCCAGUCCGGUUCCUGGCGAGAUGUCCCAGGUCGAUCCCGUGGCAUCCUUCGCACUGGGUACCUUCAUCGGUUCCCUCAUGGGCUUCGUCUCCCUCUUCGUCGUCCUGCGGAAGUUCGUCCGGAACCUGCAGGAGGAUGACUUGGAUGGGGCGAACUGGAGCUCCUUUGGCGGCCUGGUGUUGCCAUCUUUCUUCUUUCAGGGGGCUGCCGACAUCUACGGUAACGUGCGGGAAGUUGCUGCCAAAGCGCAGCAGCAAUUCAGGAGCACGUCGACAUCACCGGAGAAAGCCUACGCCGUACAUCCUCAAUCCUGCGCCGGCGACAGGAGCACUGGCGACUUUGAGGACAUCUACAAAAGCAUCGAGGAUGCGCAGAAGGAGCAGGUGCUCAAUGGCCUGCGCGCUCUGCGCGAUCGAUUCCCGAGGAGCAAAUCGCGGGAAAGGGUUUUUGAGCGCAUCAAGGAUCUGGUGGACCGCGAGCCGAUUGCCGCCUCGGUCUACGACUUGGCCUUGCGCCUGCAACCCAUGGUCCCGGAUAAGUCCAACGUCUACAACGAGCUGUGGUCCUUGGACGAGAACCGAUGCAGCGUCAGCGGUCGACUGCCGGGCGAGGGAAAGCGGCCGUUUGCCAAUGCCAGCGCCCAGAUCCUCAUCGACACGCAGGCCCCGGCCUCGCGGCUCACCGACAUGCAUCUCGGCAGCGGAAGCGAUGAGGACAGCUUCCCAGAGGACAGCAGGCUGGAUAUCGACAUACCGGUGGCACGUCAGGCGCUUCGAAGCGCCAGGGGAGACUUCCAAGAAGCCAUCGACAUCGCUUCGGAUCUCAUCGCUCCGCGGACAUCGUCGAAGAGAAAGCUGGGUACUUCGCAGCCUUCGCGAUUGCCGAGACCCGCUCCUUUCGCGCUUCGAGGGCGCGGCAACACAGCUCGCUCCCGAAUGCCGGGUCGGCUGUCCAGAAACCAGGCAGAUGUCUUGCCUGCCGGGAGGAACAAGAGGGUGCGCGGCGAGGUACCAUCGUUGGCGUUCAACAUCCCGGACAACUCCAAAGAUGCUCUGGCCAAGAACCCGCCCAUGUUCAAGAAGCAUGCCUUGCGCGCGGAGCAGAGGAGGUCCCUUGGCUGGAUGCUUUCCAUCGAGCGCCAAAAGGCCGCCAAAGCCAAGGCCAAGCCACCGAAAGCGCGAGAUACGAGGCAGUUUGGCUACUCGGCGGAGGCCUUAAAGAGGAAGAUCAAGCACCACGCCUCUGGGGCCGAGCAUCGGCUCGCGACUCGAGGAGGCCUCUUAGCCGACAAGAUGGGUUUUGGGAAGACCUGCGUCGCCAUUGGCCUGGCUUCCUUGGAGGUGGGUAAGCUGCCGCAGCCCGCCUGGACCGACGUAAAGUCCAAGGGGUUCAUCCCAACUGCUGCAACUCUCAUCAUGUGUCCGUCCCACCUGCUCGAGCAAUGGGAGGGCGAGCUCAGGAAGUUUCUGGGAGAUGGCGUGGAAAUCUCGAAGCCCACUUCGAAGAGCGAGAUCAUGUCGAUGUCGAAGACGGUUUCGGUGUCCUUUCCAGGGAGUCUGCUCCAAAGGAAGCUGGACAUCACCGUCGGCAGGACGGAUUCGAGGUGGCGAGGCUCACUCACCGCCGAGGUCCAAAAGGUCGGUCCAAAGACGAAGAAACACCUGGGGGACCAAGCACCAAAGGCCGGCGAUCUGAUCGAGAAGCUGCGCUGCACCGGCUUGAAGAAGCCGGAUGGAACGCCUUUUACCAUGUCAGCGAAAGACGUCUCCCAGAUUCAGCGCUGCUUACGCGGGGAGAUCCGAUGCUAUGUUUCUGAGCGUCACCGAAACCCGAUCGGUGGGAAAUCUAGCCAGCCACGACUCUUUCCCUUGCGGAGGCCGCUGCGCAUGGCCGAGGGCCAGAUCACGCCGAAGUCCAAGGCGAUGUUGACGCUGAAGCGACCGCCGUGUAAUUCCGAGGGCGCAACGCAUGUUGUGGGAAAACCCAGUAAACGCACUUCAUCGAAUGUGUUGAAGGUCUUGGUCAUCAGGCACGUCUCAGAAAUGAGGAGGCUGAAGCAGGGGGAUUUCUUGGACUUCCACCUGGUUCUGGCUUCCACCGCCAUUCAGGGCAGCCAGCCCUACGCUGAGAUGAUCACGAAGGCCUGUCGAUGUGGUCGAUAUGGCUCGAAGCUGAUGGAAGAGAAGAUUGAGCUCCUCCCGGAAGUCUUGCGGAAGGCGUGCUCGGGCAAACCAACCCUUGACGGUCUGCUGAAGAAGUCGCCGGCAAUCUUAGAGCACAUGUUGUGGCACCGAGUGAUCCUGGACGAGUUCCACGAAAGUGAGGCUUGGGAGUACCGAGUGCGAGAGAUGCUCAGAGGCCUCAAGGCGAACUUCAAGUGGGGCCUUUCUGGCACACCACCCAUGGAGGAUGCACAGGCUGUCGCAGAGGUCGCCAAUUUGCUUGGCUUCCCCAAUGCCACAAAGGCACAAGCGGAGAUCAUGGCCACGGCAAGCUACUGGGGCAAUUCCAUACGAAGGCGCUUGAAGCAAUCGCAGCAAUGGUUUUGCGAGAACCAAGAGAAGCUACGGGAAGCUGCCGAAGCCUUUGUCGCAAACCACGUCAGGCAGAGCUCCUCGCAACUCAUCGAGCGAAUCGGCGUCAAGGAGUACGAAGUCUUUGUGGAUCAUACCUCAGAAGAGCGGCUGAUCUACCGGCAGGCUUGUCAUGACCAGGGCAUUUUCGACCUGGCCUCCGGCUACUGCGAAAUCACGACCGAGGCGCGACAGGAGCUCCUAAAGCGCUGUGCGCACUUCGACCUCGGUGAGGCGCAAUGUGCAGGAUCCGCGGUGCAGCAGCUGGGGUCCUCCAAGAGGACUCGGCUAAAACAGGUCGAAACCCAACUCCAGAUCGAGGUCGCCCGGGCCACGGAGUUUGGAGCUUGGACAGCAGAUCUGCAAGAAGCACUCAGAUCUAAAUGCAAGUCUUUGCAUCCGGAUGCCCAGACGCUGGUGAGCAAGAUCCUUGACAAGUCCGUGGAAGAGCUGCGGAGCGCUCCGAUCCCGCCAGUGGAGUCCUCGUCCUCAUCUUCGUCCUCAUCCUCUUCUUCAAUACAGGCGUUGCAGCAAGCUCUCAAG